CUUCAGUUUCAUGUUAGGAGGGUAACAUCACUGACCCAACAUUCAGGAUGUUAGACAACGAGGAGUUUCAGGUGGAGACCUCCCCGCGGGAGCUCACCCAGAACCCGCUCCGGAAGAUCUGGAUGCCCUGCAAAAACGGGCACAUAGCGCAGAGACGGGUUUGUAUGACAAACUGUCCAACGCUCAUUGUGACUGUUGGACUUCCAGCUCGAGGGAAAACGUACAUUUCAAAGAAGCUGACUCGUUACUUAAACUGGAUAGGUGUGCCAACCAAAGAGUUCAAUGUUGGCCAGUAUCGGAGGGAGUGUAUGAAGAUCUACAAGUCCUUUGAGUUUUUCCGUCCAGAUAACGAAGAGGGCUUGAAAAUCAGACGUCAGUGUGCAACAGCAGCACUUAAUGACGUUCGGCAGUACCUGUGUGUUGAAGGAGGACAGGUGGCGGUCUUCGAUGCCACAAAUACGACAAGAGAAAGAAGAGGAACCAUCGUCAAGUUUGCUGAGCAAAAUGGGUUCAAGGUGUUUUUUGUGGAGUCUGUGUGUGAGGACCCAGACGUGAUUGCACAGAACAUAGUGCAAGUAAAGCUGGGCAGCCCUGACUACAUACACUGCAACACAGAGGAGGCCAUUGAGGACUUCAUGAAGAGAAUCAAGUGUUACGAAUCCUCCUACCAGCCUCUGGAUGAGGUUCUGGACAGGGAUCUGUCCUACAUAAAGAUCAUGGACGUGGGCCGUCGUUACCUGGUGAACCGCGUUCUUGACCACAUCCAAAGCCGAAUCGUCUACUACCUGAUGAACAUCCACAUCACACCGCGCUCCAUAUACCUGUGCCGCCAUGGUGAGAGUGACCUCAACAUCAAGGGACGUAUCGGAGGCGACUCUGGCUUGUCCGCCAGAGGGAAAGAGUUUGCCAAGAGUCUGAGGAAAUUCAUCCAGGACCAGAACAUCAAAGAUCUGAAGGUUUGGACCAGCCAGAUGAAGAGAACAAUCCAGACAGCAGAGUGCCUGGGAGUGCCAUAUGAACAGUGGAAAUCUCUCAAUGAAAUAGAUGCUGGUGUGUGUGAGGAAAUGAUGUAUGAAGAGAUCCAGGAGCAUUACCCUCUGGAGUUUGCACUGAGAGACCAAGACAAGUACCGCUACCGCUACCCUAAAGGAGAGUCGUAUGAAGACCUGGUGCAGCGAUUGGAGCCUGUGAUCAUGGAGUUGGAGAGACAGGAGAACGUUCUGGUCGUUUGUCACCAGGCCGUGAUGCGCUGUCUUCUUGCGUAUUUUCUAGACAAGACUGCAAAUGAGUUGCCUUAUCUUAAGUGCCCUUUGCACACUGCAUUAAAGUUGACCCCCAUGGCUUAUGGAUGUAAAGUGGAGUCUAUCUAUUUAGGCGUGGAUGCUGUGAACACACACAGGGACAGACCAGAGAAAAUAUAAAAAUUCAAACACGGAGGAAGCCACGUUCAGUCUCCGCUGGCCAUCCCUGGCAUCAACCAAGACAACUGUGACAUCUCUUAUCAUUGAUACCCCUACCUCCCUCCUCCAUGUCAGAUGUGAUCCUCUCAUUUCAUUUGUGUCUCUCAGUGGGCGCAGAAAUGCUGUUUCUUUCAUCUCAGGUCCUUUACAGUUUUUUUUGUAGGAACUCCAUCACUGGACGUUUCAGAAUGAUUCACUCAGCUGUGUAUGUGUGUGUGUAUGUGCUAGUAUUAAUCAUGUUGGAGGAUAAAAAGCUUCGUAGUCAUGUUAUGAGGACGUUGUUGUUAGUUAAGGGCUAUGGUUGGGGUUAGGAAUGUAGUUUAUAAUAAAUGUUCAGGAGAUUAAUGUCCUCUUAGGUGACUGAAAGGUGUGUGUGUGUGUGUGUGUGUUUUAUAUAAUUCUACAUCUGUAUAUUCUGCACUGAUUAUUGUGUAACUGCACUAACACUUGUUGAUGCAUUAUUUUCUCCACUUGCACUUCUAUGAUUAUAAUUAUAUCAGCAUCAUUAGUGCAUCAGUAUCUAUGUCUUUAAAUAGCAUCAAGACUUUAAAAUAUUAAACAUUUCCAUGAUUGUGUUUUGUAUUAAUAUGAAGCUGCAUAUGAUCCAAACUUUUCAUUCUAGUAUGUUAAGUUAAAUGUUUGUUUACAAUUUAAAUCGGAAGGAUAUUCUGCGGUUUGUAAUGGCUUGAAUCUCCACACAGGCUGUAACUGUGUGUGAAGAUUCUCAGUCCUCCAGGUGAUGGUAUAUCUGGGAGUUACGAAAGGCGAUACAUCACCCAGAUUGUAAAGCCCAGUUGCUGUUGACUCAGCAUUCCUAGAUACAAACCUUAAGCCUUUCUAUCAAAUGAACAAUUUUUAUGUUGUUUGUGGAUGUUAAGUUUUACUUGCAAAUAUUAAACUCUGAAAAUAAAUCAUCUU